GGUAAUGAGUAGAAUUCUGGAAACUCAACCUGAAAAAACACCUGUAACAGUAGCAUCAAGAAAAAAAAAAUCUGAAACUCUGAAGUGACAGUUACAAAAAAAAUUAAAAACGAAAGAGAAACAGAGGAAGAAGAAGAAUAAUUUCGAAAUCCAAUGACUACACCAACGAAGAACUUGUUAGAAACACUAGGAAACUUAGAGAAGGAUUCAUUCAUACCCCUUCUCACGAACCUAAUCGGUGAAUCGAGACACGUGCAGAACAACCCACCGGAACUGAUUCCUGAAGAAGACAGAGUAGUCAAGCACGUGUUAAACUCGCUAUUACCGCUCAGCACCACCACCGGCGGUGGUCCGUUAAUCAUCAACCAUGUUACCUAUUUCCCUGGCAGAGGUAACCUCAUCGUCGAGUACCCUGGUACCGUUCCCGGCAAGAUCCUCUCCUUUGUUGGAUGUCACAUGGACGUCGUCACCGCCAAUCCCAACGAUUGGGAUUUUGAUCCGUUUACUUUGAGCAUUGAUGGAGAUAAAUUGAAGGGACGUGGAACUACGGAUUGUUUGGGACAUGUGGCACUUGUUACUGAACUGAUGAAGAAGCUUGGUGAAACAAAGCCGAAUUUGAAAUCAACUGUUGUUGCUGUUUUUAUUGCAAAUGAAGAGAAUUCUGCUAUAACUGGUGUUGGUGUUGAUGCACUUGUUCAAGAUGGGUUGCUCAAUAAGCUAAAGGAAGGUCCUUUGUUUUGGAUCGACACUGCUGAUAAACAACCUUGUGUUGGAACUGGUGGUAUGAUACCUUGGAAACUUCAUGUCACUGGAAAAAUGUUUCAUAGUGGAUUAGCUCACAAGGCUAUAAAUCCCCUGGAGCUAGCCAUGGAUGCGAUAAAGGAAAUCCAACUGAAAUUUUACAAUGACUUCCCACCUCAUCCUCAAGAACAGGUUUAUGGGUUUGCAACCCCUUCCACCAUGAAACCAACCCAGUGGAGCUAUCCUGGAGGUGGAAUCAACCAAAUUCCAGGGGAAUGUACCAUUUCAGGAGACGUCAGGUUAACUCCAUUCUACAAUGUGAAGGAUGUAAUGAAGAAGCUGCAAGAAUAUGUUGACGAAAUUAAUGAGAAUAUACAUAAGCUAGAAUCUCGGGGUCCAGUUUCAAAAUAUGCCUUAUCUGAUGAAAACUUAAGGGGGAGCCUAACUCUAACUUUUGAUGAGGCUAAUUCUGGAGUUGCUUGUAAUCUCGAUUCUAGAGGUUUCCAUGUUUUAUGCAAAGCAACUGAGGAAAUUGUUGGCCAUGUAAAGCCUUUCUCAAUUACUGGGAGCUUGCCUCUCAUUCGGGAACUUAAGGAUGAAGGUUUUGAUGUUCAGUGUUGUGGCUAUGGUCUGAUGGCGACGUACCAUGCCCAGAAUGAGUACUGUCUAUUUACAGAUAUGUGUCAAGGAUACCGGGUGUUUGCAAGCAUCAUCGCGCAAUUGGAAGACUGAGAAUAGCAGAGGAACUAAUAAUACAAAAGUGUCUAGUGGCCUGUGAAGAUGUCUUGUUGAGAUUAAUAUGAAUAAUGGUUAGAUUGUGCAAAUGAUAAGUUCUUUGUUGCUAAUUUUCUUGAACAUUUACAAGAUGGACAAACUAGUACAAUUUCUGUUAAAAAUUAGGUAAAGUUAUUUCAAUUCCCUUGUUUUGA